AGGGGGCGGGCUGGCUGCCGGGCGGCCGCGCGCCGGGGCCAUGCCGCGCUCCUUCCUGGUGGACUCGCUAGUGCUGCGGGAGGCGGGCGAGAAGAAGGCGCCCGAGGGCAGCCCGCCGCCGCUUUUCCCCUACGCGGUGCCCCCGCCGCACGCGCUGCAUGGUCUCUCGCCCGGCGCCUGCCACGCGCGCAAGGCCGGGCUGCUGUGCGUAUGCCCGCUCUGCGUCACCGCCUCGCAGCUGCACGGGCCCCCCGGGCCGCCCGCUCUGCCUCUGCUCAAGGCGUCCUUCCCGCCCUUCGGCUCGCAGUACUGCCAUGCGCCCUUGGGCCGCCAGCACUCUGCCGUGUCGCCCGGGGUCGCUCACGGUCCGGCCGCCGCCGCCGCGCUCUACCAGACCUCCUACCCACUGCCGGACCCCAGGCAGUUCCACUGCAUCUCCGUGGACAGCAGCUCGAACCAGCUGCCCAGCAGCAAGAGGAUGCGCACGGCGUUCACCAGCACGCAGCUGCUGGAGCUGGAGCGCGAGUUCGCCUCCAACAUGUACUUGUCCCGUCUACGCCGCAUCGAGAUCGCGACCUACCUGAAUUUGUCUGAGAAGCAGGUGAAGAUCUGGUUUCAGAAUCGUCGGGUGAAGCACAAGAAGGAGGGCAAGGGCGGCAACCACCGCAGCAGCGGGGGUGCCGGUGCUGGCGGGGGCGCACCGCAGGGCUGCAAGUGCGCGUCGCUCUCCUCAGCCAAGUGCUCCGAGGAUGACGACGAAUUGCCCAUGUCUCCGUCCUCCUCGGGGAAGGACGACCGAGAUCUCACGGUCACUCCCUAGACGUGCGUCUCUCUCUAGGUCGCUCACCCCAAGACCUCCCUGCGCCUCAAAGACUGGCCCUGGGACGCAGCACUGGUUCCCAGGCACCCGCUGCCAAACGACCGCCCCGCACGGAUUUGGCACGGCUUUACGGAGGCCCCGGGCCCUGGGCAGGGGUGAGAGCUUGGCAGAGACCUGCCAGUGGUAUCCCUGCCCCAGCGCUCGCGCAUCCAAAGCGAACUCCAAACUGUGACCCUGCACGCGCUUGAGUUCUCCUGGACAGAGCAGCGCAGCGGCCCCCAGGCACGCCCGCCUGGCGCAGCGCCUCGCUGGCCGCCCGCGCCUCCUCGCCCGCCCUCUCCGGGCUGGCUCAGCCUUCCUUGCUUCCUCUAGUCUUCUCCGCCCCAGGUUGAGUUCUGCCUUUCACCCAGAUGCCCGUUCACUUCUCUCUUUUUAAAAUGUCUUUCUCUCUUCCUCCCCACCUCUUUCCUUGGUCCUUUAUCCACAGCUCUCGCUCCCCCCCCCCACAUACAUUUAUGAACUUUGUUUUCCCCUUGCCUUGCCCUCCUCGGGGAGCCUCCUCAUUCAGUCAGUCCGUUUGUCCCUUGGUCAGGCCUUGCUGCCCUCAGUCCCCGCAGUUCCUCUCCCGUAGGAGAAAUGCCCGUGGUGUACGUAUUGGGGAAGCCGAUUCACUCGGUUUCCGCCCAGCUCUGCACUCCCCCAAACAUAGCCCCCGGCCCUGCGCCUCUGGCAACCCUUCUUCUCCCGGCCCCCACCCCA